CAAAGCGAUCCACAGCUGGGUACCUUACCUGCAGCUUGAGUGAGGGAUUGAAUAUGUAUCUAUCUCGCCUGCCUUAUCCAUCCAUCCAUCCUCUUCUUCUCCUUCUCUUCCAUCUUCUCCUGUCCUUCAAUACGACCUGCUAUUGACUCUUUCAGCUACGUACCUAACUAUCUAAAAGAGCCCAUUCUUCUGACACCAGCAAAGGACAUACAGUAUCAUCUUAUCAGCUUCAAAGCCCGAGCUUAUCCUCACAACCCGAACCCCAGACUGUGCGCCAUCAUCAUACAUAGUCAGCCCCAGCGACACAAUUCAUCGCAACAGCACAACAAAACAGGAACCUUUGGAUUUGAGUUUUUGACCUCAGCAACACGCUGGCGCUCUAUUUGACCAACCUCUGCCACGCAGCGAGCGAAGCAGGCCAAGCUCAGUCAGUCUAUACGCCUUCGCCAACAUUGGACCUCACGGACCCGGAGCAACCUGGAACAACGAUACUUCCAGACUGCGUUGAGGCCACAUUUUUGUGACUCCGUCUUCGCCUGUUAGUUCUCUUCCUUUCUCUCCUCAACCUGAGCUUUCCACAAACACGAAACAAGAAUACAUUCACAUCUAUUCUUCCACAAUAUUCCUCCAGGCUUCCCCCGCCAUCACAGUCCUACGCAGACCCCCCUUCCCCAUUAUCCGGCCUUCCGCUCACCCCUCACCUUAUCCUCCCACCUCACUCUCACUUGCCCCUCGCAAUCCGACUUCACCUGACGCCUCAUCGUAUUAUCCUUCGCAGGUUGCUUCUUUGCUAUGAAGCUUCUGAUGGGAUAGAACCUGGUUUCACUGUCUUCGCAUCGUUAUGGAACAGCAGGAUCCUGAUACUCCAUCCACUCCUUCUGCCGUCCAUCGUGAUACUGAACACCGAUCGACUCGCCAGUCCCCACCGUCAUCGCCCUCAACCUUUUCGCUUACAACAGAUUCCCAGCGCCGAACGUCGAGCCCCUUCUCCCGUCCGACAACACCGGCAACGCCUGGUCCGAGCACAAUAUCGUCGAAUCGAAGUUCUUUGUCUACUUCUGAGCCUACUCUACGAUUUCCUCGCCCUCAAGGCAAUCGGCAUCUGGCCAACUGGAUAUCGUCCAGUAAUCCAGACAUCAUGCGUAUCACUACCACCACUGAGGACACUGGCUUGUCCGAAUCCACUUAUGAACUAAUCUCGGGCACCGAUACCGAGUCUCAGGAUGGAAACUACACUGAGUCUAUCAGCGAGUCUGUCGGCUCUCUCGACGUACACUACCCCGAAGACGUCCAUAGCCUCGCCGGCACUGAGCAGACAUGCGAUGAUGAAUCUCUGGCCGAUGAGAACGAAUCCCCGGUUUUACAGUGUGCACAUGAGCCACAAUCUAUGUCGGUGUCCGAAUCUAUGGACAUAAACGAAACUCCACGGGCAGAGCAAAGCUGGGCCUCAGUCGUCAAAAAUGGCCCUCUUCCUGAGGUCGAGGCAGAAAUCGAGGCAGAAGAAGAGCCCGAGCUCGAGCCCGAGACUGAUGUCAAAGCUGAGCCUGAAUCUGAGUCAGAGGAUGAAGCUAGAUCUCGAAGCUCUCUUGAGUAUACUCAACAAAGCCUCAAAACCCCAUCGAUCCCCAGCCCUGACGCUAGCAUGACUGAAGACAGCCAGAAGCCGUCUCCUGAUGAUGUCCAAGAGCAGGCCGAGAGCCAGCGAGCGCGAUUCAACAAAUGGUUGAAUGAAGUUCAGCCCCAGACGACCCGUCCCCGGGAGGCAAUGAUCGAAUUCGCAAAAUCUAUCUUCCCUUCGGUCCUCGCCCUUGUCUUGAUGUUGUUGAUCCACACCUACUACACUCCACAAUCGAAAGAAAUCGUACCCCACACACCCGCAGCCACCUCCGCUGUCACAACUCACCCCACUCUGUUGACUUCAAGUUAUACUUCAUUGCCAACAGUGCCGGUUCUUUCAACAUCAGCGGGACUUACAGGUCUUGUACCUCUGGAGAAUCUCCGACCCGAUGAGUGGCUCUGGGGUACCAAGCAGCCCGAGGUGACUGUCACCAGACAGCGAGGUGGCUUUUUAAUCCACAUGCCUCGAAGUGCGAAGAAACUUUGGCUUGACCGUGACUGUCUCAAGUUCGACGCCAAGCGAGGUGAUCAAUCCGUUGGGUUUGGUACCUCAUCUGUCGAUGAAGGCAUUCUUCUCAAGAUCCCCAGGGAGGAAGCCCAUGGAACGAUCAAGAUUGACAUUUUUACUACUUGUCGACCCAAGGUUCACAAAGUCCUCCGUAUCACCUUCCAGAAGGGACUUAUCUCAGAGGCUUUGGACUCGACCUGGGCCUUUGCACAACACUUCCCAGAUCUUGUCCCCGCUGCUGCUCAAGAGGCAGAGCGGUGUCUUGGGGAAGCCAAACGCUCCUUGGAAACAGCCUCUGACAACUUCAUGAAUACGUCUGACAGCGUCUUCAAGAACUUGGAACAUAGAUUCCAAAAGGCCCACCGAUCUUUGAGCUGGAUCAAGGCCGAUAUCAGAGAUCGUGCCAAGAUGGCGACAGAGGGCAUCUCGAGGCAACUGGAGGUUGUUGUGGGCGACGUCAAGCUGUACAUGCCUGACACACAAGCGAUGCAACAACAAGCAAAGUUGGAGUUGCUGAAUGCUCAGAUCCAAGCUAGGCUCUGGUGGAUCAAGUACACUGCAGGAGAGAAAGAGUAUACUCGCUACCAAUGUGCGGCCAAGCAGUUCAUGGCCAAAAAACUUGCAAACGACAGGAAGCUUCGAAUGACAAACAACGAGACCAUUAAGGCGUCUUCUUUCGAGCAAUUCUUCCGUGCUUGGUCCUCAAAGAACCGCCGGGACACCGGAGAAGGACAGAGGGUAUAGUGGAAGAAAAAGGACGCUGGUUUGUGUGUUAUGGCGCAAGGUUUUUUUUUCUUCCUUUCCAUGUUAUUCCUCCCUCGUCAUUAUCGUUGGACGAGGACUUAUAUGUCAGGAUGGACUUGGGUUGGCAAUGCUGAGGUAUGGGUUCAUUUGGGCUGGUAGUGGAUUUGGAGUUCAUGGGUCUCUACCAUCUGUAGACGUUUUUUUUCUAUUCUGGUUGCUUUUUCCUCACUUCUAUUUCUAUGAUAGUCAACGGUAUCGACAAACCCCUUCCAGCAGCUUUCAGUGUCUUUUAUCUGGGCGAAAGUGAUUCGUUGCUGGCGUAGUGAGUUGCCUGUAAGAUCAGAGCAAAAAAGGAGACCAACUAUAGUAAAGAAUAAAUUAAUUUACUUAAUAUCAACUCAUGAAUCGUAUCA